UUGUCCUCUUCUGCCGGAAGCGAAGACCAACACCACAACUCGGCUAACAUUUUACGGCCUGAAAUUAAUGUCGAAACCAAUUUCACAUUCCCGAACCCGAGACUAAAGAGCGCGUAUAUCGCCCUCAAGGCAUGGAAAAAGGCCAUAUACUCCGAUCCAUUGAACUUCACCGCAACUUGGGUUGGGCACGAUGUUUGCGCAUACAAUGGUGUCUUUUGCGCGAAAGCCCUCGAUAAUAACAACCUCACAGUAGUUGCAGGCAUUGACUUAAACCAUGGGGACAUCGCAGGCCAUCUCCCCUGUGAAAUCGAGUACUUAGUCGACAUUAGCCUUCUCCAUCUGAAUUCCAACCGAUUCUGUGGGAUAAUUCCCGAGGGCAUUAAAAAGCUCAAACUCCUAUACGAGCUCGACGUAAGCAACAAUCGAUUUGUGGGUCCUUUCCCGAAGCCUAUUCUCGAGCUCCCGGAAUUAAAAUACCUCGACUUGAGGUUCAAUGAUUUCGAAGGCGAGUUGCCGUGCGAGCUUUUCAACAAGCCACUCGACGCUAUUUUCCUCAACGACAAUCGAUUCCAAUCAACGAUACCCGAGAAUCUCGGCAACUCGCCGGCCUCGGUGGUGGUGAUCGCCAACAACAACAUAACCGGAUGCAUUCCGGCGAGCAUCGGAAAAAUGGCCGGAAAAUUAGACGAGUUGAUUUUCUCCGGCAAUGAUCUGUCCGGAUGCUUGCCGGAGGAGAUCACGUUAUUGAACACGACGACCGUUUUCGACAUUAGCGACAACGAGUUCGUGGGGGAUUUGCCCGUUGGGUUAGAGUAUCUGCAGAGCUUGGAGGUCGUUAAUAUCGCGGCUAAUAAGCUUCGAAGCAAGGUUCCGGACACGAUUUGCACGUUGCCGAGUUUAAAGAAUUUUACAUUCUCGUUUAACUAUUUUGAUGACAAGGAUGAGGAGUGUGACGCGAGUGCAUUGCCCGGGGUUAUUUUUGAUGAGGAGGAGAAUUGUUUUUCCGGGGAGAAAAAGCAGAGGUCGGAAAAGGAGUGCAGAUUAGAGUUGAGUAAGAAGAUUGAUUGUAGCAAGACGGGAUGCAGGGGCGGGGACAAGGGUAGCUCACCAAAACCAAAGCCAGAACCAACACAUCCUGACCCUCCAUCUCGAGCUUCGUCUCCAAAGGCGCAACCUCCUAAGGCCAGCACACCUUUAGCCCCCCCAAAGGAACAAUCUCCUAAAGCAGAAGCACCAAAGAUCGAAGAAGUACCUUCUCUUCCAAAGGCACAAUCUCCUACAACAGAUGUACCUCCUGCUCCAAAGGCUCAACCUCCUCAAACCCCGAAGGCACAACCUCCUAAGGUAAACGUACCAACUGUCCCAAAGGUACAACCUCCUAAAGCAGAUUUACAUCCAACUCCAAAGGCACAACCUCCAAUUGCUGACAUACCACCGAUUACAAAAGCACAACCUCCUAAGUCUAAAGUACCUCCUCCAGUCCCAGAGGAACAACCUCCAAAAACUAAUGUACCAUUGCCACCAAAGGUACAAUCUCCAAAGGCUGCUGUACCUCCCCCAACUUUGACACCACCAAAAGUAGUAAGCCCUCCUCAUAUUCCAACCCCAUCGGCUUCAAAUCUACAACCCCCAAAAUAUUCUAGCCCUCCGUCACCAGUACAAUCAGUCACCCCACAAUCACCAUCCUCAACCAUUCAUUUAUCACCACAAUUACCAUUCGACCACUCAUCUCCACCACCACUUAUUUCUUUGCAACCACCUUCAUCACCACAUCACGUGUUCUCUCCGCCACAUGUCCAAUCACCACAACUACUCUCUCCGCCACCGCCAGUUUUUUCACCACCACCUCCAAUCCGCUCUCCGCCACCUCCAAUCCACUCUCCGCCACCGCCAGUUUUUUCACCACCACCUCCAAUCCGCUCUCCGCCUCCUCCAAUCCACUCUCCGCCACCGCCAGUUGUUUCCCCACCACCACCAGUACACUCUCCGCCGCCACCAAUCAAUUUCCCGCCGCCGCCGCCACCUUCUUUAUCACCACCGCCUUUUGUUUUCCCUCCGAUGGUACUCCCACCUAUUUUGGGUGCCCAUUACGCAUCUCCGCCACCACCAGCUAUUCCAGGCUAUUGA